AUGCAGGUAGCGCGAGAGGCAUGGGGCAGUGGGUGGCGGGUGAUGAUGGCACAGCUCGCACCCAGCGACGACGCCGGCAACUACAAGCGCACCCCCAGCGCCUACCGCCACACCAUCCAACCCCCACCCACCACCACUCGCACCACCACCGCCACCUUUGCCACCAGCGGCAGUAGCACAGGUAGCCGGCAGGCAGGUGCAUUCCCAGCGGAGGCGGGGCGGUACCAUCUGUACGCGGCGCUGUCGUGCCCGUGGGCGCACCGCACGCUCAUCGUGCACGCGCUCAAGGGCCUGCACGCUGCCGUGCCCCUCUCCAUCGCCCGCCCUGGUGACGGCGGGCUCUGGGAGUUCGUGCCAGCAGGCGCGGGGCGAGGGGAGAGUGUGGUGGUGCGGCGAGGGAGUGGGAAAGGGGGUGAGAGGGGAGUGGGAGGGGAGGGAGGGGAGGGAGAGGAGGGGGCGAUGCUUGUGCCUACGGAGGACCGCGCAGGGGGGUGUGCGAAGCUGAAGGAGGUGUAUGGGAAGCAGGAGGGCGGGUACGAUGGGCGCUGCACUGUGCCCAUGGUGUGGGACUCCAAGACCAAGCGGGUGGUGAACAACGAGAGUGCGGACAUCAUUCGCAUGCUCAACGCCGCCUUCAAUGACUAUGCCACCAACCCGCACCUCGACCUCGCACCCCCGGAGCUCUCCCAGCAGAUGGCAGCAUGGGACGAGGACAUCUACAACAAUGUCAACAAUGGCGUCUACCGGUGUGGCUUUGCCACGAGCCAGGCGGCGUACAACAGGGCGGUGAACGACCUGUUCACCACUCUGGACCGCAUUGACGCGCACCUCGCCACGUCUCGCUUCCUCUGCGGGGCUGCCCUCACGCUGUCCGACGUGCGCCUCUUCACCACGCUCGUGCGCUUUGACGCCGCCUACCACACGCUCUUCAAGUGCUCGCGCAGGAAGAUCGUGGAGUAUGACAACAUCCAUGCCUACAUGCGCGACAUCUUCCAGAUGCCGGGGGUAGCAGCCACGUGUGACAUCGCAGGAGUGCGGGACAACUACUUUGGGCAGCUCUUCCCUUUGAACCCGGGCGGCAUCAUCCCUGUGGAGCCUCUCAGCAGCGACCGCUCACAGCUCUGGAAGCCUCAUAACCGCCAAGCCCUUUCCAACGCAUGA